AUGCAGCAGGACGAAUUGCAGCAGCAGGUGUUGCAGCAGCAGCGGCAGCACUGGCCGACUGCAGCAGCUACAGGAGCAGCAGCGGAGCCACCAUUAGGAGAAGCAGCAGCGAAGACACCAUUGAAAGCAGCAACAGCAGCAGUGACUGCAGCAGCUGCAGCAGUAGAGCCACUACCAAAAGCAGCAGCAGCAGCAACAGCAGGGCCAGCAGCAGCAGCAGAGCCACCACCAUGCACAGCAGCAGCAGCCACCAGCAGCAGCAGCAGCAGCUCAGCAGCAGCAGCAAAAGCAGCAGCAGCAGCAGCAGCAGCAGCAGCAGCAGCAGCAGCAGCAGCAGCAGCAGCAGCAGCAGCAGCAGCAGCAGCAGCAGCAGCAGCAGCAGCAGCAGCAGCAGCAGCAGCAGCAGCAGCAGCAGCAGCAGCAGCAGCAGCAGCAGCAGCAGCAGCAGCAGCAGCAGCAGCAGCAGCAGCAGCAGCAGCAGCAGCAGCAGCAGCAGCAACUACCUGA